AUGUCCAUUGCGCUAGAAGACGAUUACGACGCGUUUAUGGCUGCGCUCUGUUUUGUAGAUGAGUUUAUGAAUACGGAGACGAAUACGGCGUCAUUUUCCAUUGCAUACGAAGGAUUUCCAGCCGUUAAUUCCAUUGGAUCGAAUGAUAACAAAUUGACACACAACAGCACGGCGGCUGCCACGUUCUUGAUACAACAAGAUAAAACAAAUACGGGCGAAGCAAUACGAUGCAAUACCAUAAGUAAAAAAAGAGUGAAAGGGUGUCAAAUGUCGCGGAACAGUACACGAAAUCGAGCACGGGAUCAGGAACGACGAGAACUUUUAUACUUGAGAGAAAAGGUGACAGACAUGCAACAGAAGCUACAGACACUUGAGAGACUGCGUCUUCCUUCUGCACUAAUUACUACAGGAAGACAUGUACAAAAUGAUACAAGAGUCGAUCAGGACGAGGAGGAGGGUGACACUAUAUCGGAAGUGUGGAAGGAAAUGGCUAGUCAUCAACUUGAACAGAGACUCAAGUCUGAGAGAGAGAAUCGACAUUUAAAAAUGGUCUUGGAAGGACAAAUGAGAAUUGCCAAGAGUCUUGAAAAGCUACUUCAGACUAGAGCUACAACGACUGCUCUUGAAAGCUACUUGGGUACUGUUCAGAAAUUAAAGAGGAUGCACGUAUCGACGCCAAAUCGGUCGGAUGAUAAUGUUUUCAAGGAACUCAUGAUGGGCAUUGACUCAGCUUAUGAAGAGGUUGACGAUGUGUUUCAUGACACCGGGUUAGACUCCAAGGAGUCGUCGUUUAGUGAUGCUGAGAUGCAUGAAGCAGCUGAUGGCGUCUACAUGAAGAUAUUUGCCAGUAAGGUAUUACCGUUUGAUGUGACUUCAACAGGAACGGCUGCAUGGCGAUAUUUUUCGCGGUCAAUGGAGCACAUGCCGUUUCGAUUUCUGUAUCACAAGGAUCUUCAAGUGAGUUUGAAUAUGGAAACGACAGACAACACUAUUAUCGAAAGCUUUGGUAUGGAGCUGCAUGCGAAAGGCACGCAAGCGGAUUACCGCGUAAAACAAAUUGUGCGUCGAUAUGUUGAAGAAGAUCGUGUAGUGAUUGUCUGGCGAUCGUAUAUCGAUCCAGUGAGUUUUGCAGGUAAUGCGGUGUGUGGAGCCGAGUUCCAAGAGAAGGGCUACCUUGUAGUGCGUCGACCACGCGCUAUGCCUCCUCACUUUGCUUUGCUACAAACGUGCUACUUAAUUUCUCCUGCACUUCCCAUUCGCUCUUUAUCGGAUGAGCGCGCUGUUACAGGUGAGCUUACGGAUUUUGUAUUGAGUGGCACUGAGGCCAAUGUUGCUUCAUGUCAUCAGAUGAUAGAGAAUAUUCUGUUCAAUGAGGCUCUGAAAGCUAAUCGUCAAACGUAG